CGACGAGGCGAGCGCCAAAUACCGACACACGCACAACAACACCGACAACACCGACUCCUCUCCGCCCGCCCGCCCAAUCGCUUUCCCGGGGCCAGGCGAAGAUGAAGUGAGGCGAGAGCAUGGGGGCCAAAGAGUCGAGGAUAGGGUUCCUGACGUUUGACGAGGCCGUGAAGAGAGUGACGGAUGUGGAGCUGAAGCGUCUGAAAGAUGCUUUCAAACGUUCCAGUGGAGUCUCCUGUUACAUGAGCCAGCAGAGCUUCUACAGAGAGGUGCUGGGAGACGCCGUUCCACCCAAAGUCGCUGAGGUGAUUUACUCUUCGUUUGGAGGAACAGCCAAAGGGCUCCACUUCAAUAAUUUAAUCGUCGGUUUGGUUCUUCUCACACGAGGACGAGAUGAAGAGAAAGCAAAAUACCUGUUCAGUCUGUUUGCGAGUGACCCCAGUGGAUAUGCCUCCAGGGAGGACAUGGAGACCGUCCUCCAGGCUCUGGAUGGAGAGGUUCCUCUGGCUCUCAGACAGUGCUUCUUAGAGGGAGAUAAGGUGAACUAUGAGCGUUUCCGUUCAUGGCUGCUGCAGAACAAAGAGGCCUUUACCUUCUCAAGAUGGCUGCUCUCUGGAGGCGCGUGUGUGACGCUCACGGACGACAGCGACACGCCCACGUUCUACCAAACACUGGCUGGAGUCACACACCUGGAGGAGGCAGACAUCAUCGACCUGGAGAAGAGGUACUGGCUGCUCAAAGCUCAGUCCAGAACAGGACGCUUCGAUUUAGAAACGUUUGUGCCUCUGGUGUCUCCUCCCAUCCACGCCUCGCUCAGUGAAGGUUUGUUUCACGCGUUUGACGAGAAUCGGGACAAUCACAUCGACUUUAAGGAGAUUUCCUGCGGUCUGUCGGCGUGCUGCAGAGGGCCCGUCGCAGAGAGGCAGAAAUUCUGUUUUAAGGUGUUUGACGUUGAUAAAGACGGAGUUUUGUCUCGGGAUGAGCUCCAUGAGAUGGUCGUGGCCUUGUUGGAAGUUUGGAAAGACAAUCGCACAGACACCCUCCCCGAGUUACAGAGCAGUGUGUCUGACAUAGUGGAGAGUAUUCUGAAGAUGCAUGAUACAACUAAACUGGGUCAGCUGACCUUAGAGGAUUACCAAAUAUGGAGUGUCAAAAGUGCCCUGGCCAAUGAGUUCUUGAACUUGCUUUUCCAGGUUUGUCACAUAGUUUUGGGCCUCAGACCGGCCACUCCCGAAGAAGAGGGUCAAAUUAUCAGGGGCUGGCUGGAGCGGGAGAGCAGACACGGGCUUCAGCAGGGACAGAACUGGUUUCUCAUCUCGAUGCAGUGGUGGCAGCAGUGGAAGGACUACGUCAAAUACGAGCAGAAGGGGAUCGUGGUGGAGCAGCCCUCUGUCCUGUCCUCCCUCCGCUCCACGGCGCCCCCUGUCUGUUCGGAGGCGGACGGCAGAGGAGCGUGGAGUCCUCAGAGCUCCGUCAGUCCUUCAGAGGAGAGGUCCCCGGACACACUGAGCAGCGCCUCAGAGGCCACAGAGACAACUCUGGGUCCUCUCCCGUCCUCGGCGUCCGAAAGCUGCUUCGCUCGUCCUCAUCACGCCUCAGAAAACCCCCAGUGUUUCUCCGCCCCCAACGGCCACCUGCCCCAACUCUGCCCCCAGAGACCCGCCGCCAUCGACAACCAGCCGCUCGUCAACAUGGACCCCAUCAAGGCUCCCACUCUGACGAUGGAGGGCGGGCGUCUGAAGCGUUCCCUGCAGCUGGUCCCGGGCAGAGACUUUGAGAUCGUCCCCGAGCCCGUGUGGAGAGCUCUGUAUCACUGGUACGGAGCCAACCUCAGCCUGCCCCGACCUGUGAUCCUGGAGAGCCGGACCAAGACUCCGGAGCUGGAGCUGUUUCCUCGUUACCUCCUGUUCCUCCGACAGCAGCCGGCCUCUCGCACGCCUCAGUCCAACAUCUGGGUCAACCUGGGUAUGACCAGCCUGAGAAUGUUCCCUCCGCACUUAGCGCCCCCUAGAGGAAACGUGCCGUCUCCUAACGCUCCCCUGAAGAGGGCGCUGGCGUACAGCGGCUGCUUCAGUCGAAUGGGGACGAUCAAAGACAUUCACCUGUACCUGUCCCAGAGGCUGAGGAUCAAAGAGGAGGACAUGAGGCUGUGGCUCUACAACAGCGAGAACUACCUGACUCUGCUGGACGACGAGGACCACACUUUAGAAAGUCUGAAGAUCCACGACGAGCAGCAGCUGGUCAUAGAAGUCCGGAACAAAGACAUGAGUUGGCCCGAGGAGAUGUCCUUCAUCGCAAACAGCAGCAAAAUGGACCGACACAAAGUUCCGACAGAGAAGGGAGCGACCGGCCUCAGUAACCUCGGCAACACCUGCUUCAUGAACUCCAGUAUUCAGUGUGUGAGCAACACCAAACCACUGACCGACUAUUUCAUAUCAGGGACCCACCUCUACGAACUCAACAGGACUAACCCCAUCGGGAUGCGCGGGCACAUGGCGAAGUGUUACGGGGACCUGGUCAUGGAGCUGUGGAGCGGGACGCAGAAGAACGUGGCUCCUCUCAAACUCAGGUGGACGAUAGCGAAGUACGCCCCGCGCUUUAACGGCUUCCAGCAGCAGGACUCUCAGGAGCUGUUGGCGUUUCUGUUGGACGGACUUCACGAGGACCUGAACCGAGUCCACGAGAAACCGUACGUGGAACUGAAGGACAGCGACGGGAGACCGGACUGGGAGGUGGCGUCUGAGGCCUGGGAGAACCACCUCCGCAGGAACCGUUCGAUCGUGGUGGACCUGUUCCACGGGCAGCUCAAGUCCCAGGUGAAGUGUAAAACGUGCGGACACAUCAGCGCCAGGUUCGACCCCUUCAACUUCCUGUCUCUGCCCCUCCCCAUGGACAGCUCCAUGCACCUGGAGAUCACAGUGAUAAAGUUGGACGGUUCGACUCCGGUUCGGUUCGGUUUGAGGUUGAACAUGGACGAGAAAUACACGGGUCUGAAGAAACAGCUGAGUGAACUGUGCAACCUGAAGCCUGAGCAGAUCCUCCUGGCAGAAGUGCACUCGUCCAACAUCAAGAACUUCCCUCUGGACAAUCAGAAGGUGCGCAUGUCUGUGAACGGGUUCCUGUGCGCAUUUGAGGUCCCUGUGCCCGGGUCGCCCACGUCUCUGAGCUCCCCCACGCUCACCGACAUCACUCCCAUCGCGAACGGCUCGGCGCUGAACGGGCUCCUGAUCCCAAACGGAGGCCCCGGGUCCGUGUCUCUGUCCAGCCCGGAGACGCCGCUGGUGAACGGAGACGCCAACGGACACCUCACCCCCGUCCAGGAGAGCCCCUUCACCGGAUACAUCAUCGCCAUGCACAGGAAGAUGAUGCGUUCGGACUUGUACUUCCUGUCGUCUCAGAAGAACCGUCCCUCUCUGUUUGGGAUGCCCCUGAUCGUCCCCUGCACCGUUCACACGAGUAAAAAAGACCUUCACGACGCCGUGUGGGUCCAAGUCUCACGGCUCGCCUCCCCUCUGCCCCCGCAAGAGGCUUCCAACCACGCACAAGACUGUGAUGACAGUAUGGGCUACCAGUAUCCCUUCACUCUGAGGGUCGUGGGCAAAGACGGGAACUCGUGCGCCUGGUGUCCGUGGUACAGGUUUUGCAGAGGCUGUACCAUCGAGUGCACGGAGGAGCGGGCGUCUGUGGGGAACGCCUACAUCGCCGUGGACUGGGACCCCACCGCCCUGCACCUGCGCUACCAGACCUCCCAGGAGAGGAUCGUGGAGGAGCACAGCAGUGUGGAACAGUCUCGCAGGGCCCAGGCUGAGCCCAUCUCUCUGGACAGCUGCCUCAGAGCCUUCACCUCAGAGGAGGAGCUGGGAGAGGACGAACUCUACUACUGCUCCAAGUGUAAAACUCACAGACUCGCCACCAAGAAACUGGACCUGUGGAGACUACCCCCUAUACUGAUCGUCCACUUGAAGCGUUUCCAGUUUGUGAACGGUCGGUGGAUAAAGUCUCAGAAGAUCGUGAAGUUUCCCCGAGAGAAGUUUGACCCCAGUGCGUUUCUGGCUCCGAGGGAACGUGGGCAGCACUGUCCCUACUCCCGCAGCGAGAGCGACGACCUGCUCAGAGUAGGAGAAGACAACCUGUCGUCCAUCUCCGCCCCGGCCGGCUUCAACAACCUGCACAAAGCGUCUCCGUGCUCCAGUCGAAAGUCCGCUCCGUCUCUGAGCCGGAGCAGCAGCCCCUCGGGGAGCCCCAAGGCCGGAGCCCGUCGCCCCGGUCGACUGCGGCUGCCUCAGCUCGGCUCCAAACACCGACUCUGCUCCAACAGCAAAGAGAACAUCCACGCGGAGACCUGCGCCGAGGGGACCCUGCAGCCUCAGACCUGCAGCCAGAGCGAGGGGAGCCAGCAGCCACAGCCCGGGGCGGGGGAGGGGGUGGACGGAGACGGGCCGGAGCAGAGCGGACCGGAGCAGAGCGGGUCUGGACUGUGUGGGUCGUCGGAGCUCCUGGCGUCGGAGUCUUCUGCUGUGACCGACGCUUCUCACUGUGACGUGGUUUUAAUGAACGGAAACGGACUGAACUCGGACUGCAGCACUGAGAGCAGCUUAGACCAGGACCUGACCCGGGACCUGGGGCUGGAGGCCAUCUACAACCUCUAUGCAAUAUCUUGUCAUUCAGGAAUCAUGGGAGGAGGCCAUUACGUGACGUACGCCAAAAACCCCAACGGGAAGUGGUACUGCUACAACGACAGCAGCUGCAAGGAAGUGCACUCGGGCGAGAUGGACACGGACUCCGCCUACAUCCUGUUCUACGAGCAGCAGGGCGUCGACUACUCGCAGUUCCUCCCGCAAAUCGACGGGAAGAAAAUGGCCGACACGAGCAGCAUGGACGAAGACUUCGAAUCCGACUACAAGAAAUACUGUGUUCUCCAGUGAUGAGUCUUCCACGAAACUCAAAAAAAAAAAAACAACAACUCAAAAACUCAAACUACACGAGGAAAAACGACUGAUUUUUCUUGAUUUGAGGAGCUCUGACUCGUUUAUAAUCAGUUAUUUAUUACACCAGAUGCCCUCCCGUAGAAAAUAUUAACAAUCACGGAUAAAAUUUGUGGAUUUGACGUCGGAGAUUUUGGAGAUUUCCUACGCGAACGCUCUGCUGUCUGACAACAAAAACAUACCUUGAAACGGACUUAAACUUGUCAAAACUGCUCAAAUCAAGAUCAAUAUUUCGUUUUACUUUUGUAGAUAUUCUGUUUUUGCUAUGAAAACUUUAAAAAGUCUUCAGACUCUUCCCUCGGACUGUACAGACGCGGCGGAGGAGGAACGGCGGACGGCGGCUGGUGAAAACGGGAGAGUUCUUCUGGCACUUUUUUUUUUUUUUUUUUUUUAGUCGAUUUAGUGCGGAAUCGUCGGUUUAAAGCACUUUUUCUGAGCUCUACAAACAAAAUCUCCUCUUUCCUUUUUCAGUCAUUCACCCGAAACUCGUGUAAAUGAAUGUAUACGCCAUGUCCGUGAUGUCAAAGUGUCGAAAACGUGGGUUAUGACGUCGAGAAAUGUCUGUGCCGUGAUCCGUUUUAGUCGAUGCACAAAGGCCAAAACGAGCACAACGGACGACCCUUUGCUGAGUCGAAAAUUGUUACUUAAAAGAGCGUUGUGUAACUUUUCCGCUUUAGGGUUCGUCAGUUGCUUCGUCUGGUAUGUUUCACAGUGUGGCAUUAACCCUUUCUGUCGUCAUGGAGACCAAACCGGACCGAGUUACAGGUCAGAUCUGUGUCAGAAUUAGUGUUUUUUUUAGGUAUUUUUGAGCGAUAAAACCACCUGUAAUUGAGUAAAUAUGUAAAGUAGAGCUCUUUAAAGUCACACUGUGGGACAUUUCAGGCAGAGCAAUGACGUAUCCAUAGAAACAAGCAGGUGACAGGCCCCCAACCAAGUAGCGGUCCAAGAAAUUACUCAAGUAAAAGUAGUGUUCGGGAAAAGUACUACUGAAGUAAAGGCUGUGUAACUUUAUCGGUGGAGAGUUCGUCACCAGCUUCUCUCCAUGGAGAUGUUGCCUGGAAUGUUCCGCAGUAUGGCAUUACUCUUAUUUAUCUCUACAGAGAUGGCAGGUAACGCCACAGGGCCAAGUUACAGGUCAGAUCUGGGGAGAGGCGAGCCCGCUCAGAGUCAGAACCUCUGUUUUUCUAGGUAUUUUUGAGCUAUAAAACCACCUGUAACUGAAUAAAUCUGUAAAGUAGAGCUGUUUAAAGUCACACUGUGGAACAUUUCAGGCAGAGCAACGACGUAUCCAUAGAAACAAGCAGGUGAUGGACCCCAAACAAGUAGUGAUCCAAGAAAUUACUUAAUAAAAGUAAAAAAGUAUUUGGGAAAAGUACUGCUCGAGUAAAGGUGAGCUGUUUAAGCUUUUCUUGUAGAGGGUUGGCUGGAAUGUUCCAGAGUAUGGCAUUACGCUUACUUAUCUCUAUGGAGACAGCAGGUGACAACACAGUAAAGCCAAGUGACAGGUCAGAUCUGUGGAGAGGCGAGUCCACUCACAGUCGCGGUCAGAAAGCAGAUUUUGAAGUUAUGAGUAAAAAAGGCAAGAUGGAUACGACUUAAUGCCACACCGGGACAUUCCAGACAGAGCAAUAACAUCUCCACGGAGACCAGAAAAGCUACGCAGCGCGCCUUUAAAGAGAAACAAUCAUUACGUAACAUCGGAUUUAGAAUUUGACGGAAAAAAAACUCGAAAUAAUGCGCAAAAUUAAAGUGACAGUGUUCAAAAGCAGUGGGGACUACGUAGACCAUGAUCCUUUGCUCCGUUUCAACAAGAAGAAACGAUAUUAAAGCUACACUCUGUCACUUUUCCAGUGAAGGAUCUUUGCCUGGAAUGUUCCGCAGUACGGCAUUACUAAACUCUGAGCUACUGACAGUAAGAGUGCAUGCUUUUCAACGUCGAGAUUUUUUUUUUUAAACGCACAACCGUUUUUGAAUAGACGCGAAACGGAUCGGUGUAAUGCCAUACUGCGGGACAUUACUGGCAAUGCAAUGAACAGCGUCGCCAUGGAGACAACCAGGUAGACAAUCCCCUGGCGGAAAAGUUACGCAGUGCAGCUUUAAAUCCAAAUAACACCGGUUAAUCUAAACGAAAAACGCAAUUGUAGUAAUUUUGGAGUUUUGGCGUCUCAGCAAACGGUCGACUGUUUAUCAAACCUUCAAACUCAAAUCCUUUUUUUUUUCUUCUUCUUCUUUUUAUCGAAAUGUUUUAUAUUUGUGUCAUCCUCCACUACCUCACCUCUCCCCCUCGCCCACUUCGGCCAAAAUCUCCACGAAAUUCAGUAUUAAAAAUGUAAAUUAAAGGUUCGAUAUUACGCGAAAAAUUGACUUUUUGGAGCUUUAAAGUCGUGUUAAAAUGUUGUUUCCUUCCUCAAAAAAAGACCUGGAUUUGUGUUUUUUUUUUUCAUUUACACAUGUUUUAGUGACAGUUUAUUUCUAGUUUUUCUACAUCUCCAAAGCUCAAAACGCUCUGCUUCAACUUGUGAUGUCAUAAAGUGGUAGUUUUCGAGUUAAAACACAGUGAAGAAGAACUUAAAUCUGCAGAGUUUUUUGUGUUAAACUUGUGUGAAUGAAACAAAACACAAAUCCAGGUCUGUUUUUCUGACGUGGAAACGAUAUUAUAACAUUAAAAAAAAGCGGAAUCUGAGCUCUUUAAUUUCUCCUUUCACAUUUCAAACAAUUUUUAGCCAAUCGCAGCUGCCAAAACUCUAUUGUUGUUAUUUAAAUUUUAGUGCAAUGUCCCCUGUCCGUGUGUUACGAGGCUUGGAGCUGUGCCAUUAUUUCAAAACGAUUUUUAAUACCUGUUUUAAAGAUUUAUUUUUAUUGAUCUAAAUUAUUUUCUGUUCCAAAUUUUCAAUAAUAUUUUUUUGGGUUUUCCAGAAAUUUUCAUACCCAGAUAUUUAAAAGAAAAAAAAAGAAAGACAGUAAAGUGAUUGUGUUUGAAGAAAAUGAUAAUCACAAAAAAGUGUCAUUCGUAAAUCGCUAAAUUUUGUGUAAAAUUCUGUAAACAAAAACAAAUCUGGGUAUGAAUUUUUUGUUUUGUAUCGAAAACUGAACUGUCCAAACUUUGACUGUGAAUGAUUUCAGACCACUUUUGUAAGAUUAUUUUUUAACUUAAAGGUGCAUUUUGUAACUUUUCUGGUGGAGGAUCCUUCAAAUUCUUUGCUUUUCUCCAUGGAGAUGCUAUUGCUUUAUUGUCUGGAAUGUUCCGCAGUACGGCAUUAAACCUUUUUAUCUUCACGGAGACUAAAACACACCAAGUUACAAGUCAGAUCUGUGUCAGAACGUCUGUUUUUCUAGAUAUUUUUGAGGUUUAAAACCACCUAUAAUUGAAUAAAUGUGAAGUAGAGCUGUUUAAAGUCACACUGUGGAACAUUCCAGGCAGAAAAAUGACGUAUCCAUGGAAACAAGCAAGUGUAGGACCCCCAAUCUAAAAGUUACACAGUGCACCUUUUAAAUUUGAGAGAUUUUUUUGUGUUGAAAUCACACUUUUGAGUUGGUAAAACUGUAAAACUUCGCGCAACAAAUCUGUCCGAAAUUUAAAGAGGGGGUGACUUCUUGGCGCUUUCUCCCGUGUUCUAACGUUGUUCCCUCAUCAAAAACAUGUCUGAGUCAUUUAGGGAUCUCUCUUGGGGCCUAUUCAAACUCUCCCACGUGACAACUUAACACGAAACUGCGCACAACAACUUGACAAAUCUGAUGCGAUGUGCAGUAGUUUCAUUAGUGUGAUUGUGUUAAUAGCGCUCUGAAGGGGGAGCGAAGUAGCACGGGGAGAAGUUAAUGCCCCACAGAAGUAAAAUACCCCCUCUUUAAAAUAAAUCUACAGAAAUUCUCAAACAAUUUAUAACUAAAGUUUUGGAAAUUUAAGCAAAAAAGUGACUUCCAAAUUGUGACGCGAGUAGCAAUUUUCCGUUUUCGUUUAAAGUGACACUAUGCAGCUUUUCCGGGGAGGGCCGUCCUGGAGCCUCCUGCUCGUCUCCAUGGAGAUGUUCAGUCGCCUGGAAUGUUCCGCAGUACGACUUUAGACACCCCUAUGUCACGUUUAUUCAGUUGCAGAUGUCGUUUUUUUUUUUACUACUUAAAAUUCGUGAAAAAUAGUUCUUAAUGCGAGCGGGGGCCGUCUCUCCGCAGAUCUGACUCGUAACUUGGCAUCUCCACGGAAACGAGGCGACACGACACCACCAGGCCAAGUUACGAGCUGCUUCUGCGGAGAGGCGACCCAUAUUUGGCGCAGAUGUGUUUUGUCAGCGAUAAAAACACGUCUAAUUUAAUAAAGAUGUAAGGUAAUGCCAGACUGUGGAAUAUUCAAAGACAUCUCCAUGGAAACGAGCAGGUGAUGCAACACCGCUCCAUGGAGAUGUUGUGUCGCCCGGAAUGUUCCGCAGUAUGACAUUAGACAGUUCUGUCUCACGUUUGUCGUUUUGUUACUUGGAAAAAUUUGCUUUCUGACCACGAGCAGAACCACCUCUUCGCAGAUCUGACCCGUAACUUGGUCUGCUUGUCUCCAUGGAGAUAAACAGAUUUGACGCUCUACUGUGGAACAUUCCAAGUCUUCCAAGGAGCAGACGAUCUUCGAGAAAUGUUGCAUAGUGGAGCUUUAACUGUAUAAUAAGAAUGAUGAGAAAACUGUUUUACACAACGAAUAUCCCAAUAUCCUACAAACUGUAAAGCUUCACUAUGUAACUUUUCUAUUGAGGGGGGUCCACUACUCGCUUGUCUCCGUGGAGAUGCUAUUGCGUCGCCUGAAAUGUUCCGCAGUACGACAUUAGACAGUUCUAUCUCACGUUUAUUCAGUUGGAGAUGGCGUUUUGUUACUUGGAAAAACUCGCGUUCUGACUGCGAGCAGGGAUCGUCUUUCCACAGAUCUGACCCGUAGCUUGAGUCUGCUUGUCUCCAUGGAGAUAAGCAGAUUUGAUGCUCUACUGCGGAACAUUCCAAGCCUUCUGUGAGAAAAGUUGCAUAGUGAGGCUUUAACUGCGUGACUAAAACAACUAGAAAAAAAAAUAAAACUGUUUUACGCAAUGUAUAUCCUACAAACCGUAAAGCUUCACUACGUAACUUUUCUAUUGUUGGGGAGGGUCCAGCACUUACUUGUCUCCAUGGAGAUGCUAUUACGUCACCUGGAAUGUUCCACAGUAUGGCAUUAAACACGUGAUUUCUUCAACUAUUCAGCCUUUUCGUCGCUCUAAAACGCAGAAAAAAACCUGCUUUCCUAACACACGCGGGCUCGCCUCUCCACAGAUCUGAGCCGUAACUUCGAGUCGUGACCUGCUUGUCUUAAUAGAGAUGUAAGAUUAAUGCCGUACCGUGGAAUAUUCCAGGAGAAGCAAAUACAAAUUACGUAACACAGCUUUAAUUUGCGAGCACAAAAGUCGUUUAAAAUUCCGCAACUUUUCCCGUUAAAAAGACGAAAUAUUUUGGCUUAAACCGUUAAUCGCCAUGGCAACUGUCCUGUUUUUUUAUCAUUCUGAAACCCGUGCAUAAUCUGUUGUGAAUCUGAGUACGAAAUUUGACCCUUUUCGUUUCUUUCUGUGUCAUGUUUUUUUUUGUUUUAAUGAGUUCGGUCCAAUCACUGUGAACUGUUUCAAAAUAAGAGUCCUCCCUUUGAGCUGCUGUAUCUGACGCUUUUAUUUUGAAAGGCCGUCAGACAAACUCCCUGUACAAAUAUUUAUGCUUUAUUUUUAUUUUUUUGUCGCAUCUUUUCUUUCAUUUUCUCUGAACUCUGGUGUCAAAAGGGAAAAAUAAUAAUAUUCUCGAUUCACAAAAUUGCGAAAUCUGCCAAAAAAUUUACUCCUUUUCUCUACGAAAUCCCACACUGCUCCUUUAAGCACACACCAAAACUAUACACUUUAAAGCUUCACUGUGUAACUUUUCUGGUGGAGGGUACGUCACAGUCUUAUAUUUUCAGGGUUUUUUUAAAUUAUUAUUUUUUGCAGUUCUCACAUUUUGCCUGUAGGCGGCGCCACACUGUCAUUUUAAACACGAAUAUUGUUCUUGUUGUGAAUUCAAAGCCACACUGUGUCACUUUUCUGGUGAGGGGUCGGUCAUGAGCAUCUGCUUUUCUGCUUUGCCUGUGUCUCUGUCUCCAUGGAAACGAGCAGGUCGCAGCAAGUUACGAGCUAGAUCUGUGGAGAGGCGAGCCAUACUCAGACUAAGAAUGAAUGUUGUUGUUUUUUGUUUUUUUUUUGUCAGCGAUAAAAACACAUCUGAUUUAAUAUUUGAGUGAUAGAUAAUGGUAAUGCUGUACUGUGGAAUGUUUAAAGGCGUCUCCACGGAAACGAGCAGCUGACAUGAGAUAACGAGGCCAAAUAACUCGUCAGAUCUGCGGAGAGGCGACUCAUACUCAGAGCAGGAAUGCAUGUUGUUUACACGUUUUUAUUGUUAACAAAACACACCGCUUUAAUAUGAGGUAAUGCCGUACUGUGGGAUAUUUAAAGGCGUCUCCAUGGAAACAAGGAGCUGACACGAAAUGAUAUCCCUAGGGCAAGUUACUCGUCGGAUCUGUGGAGAGGCGACUCGAGCUCAGACUAAGAAUGCAUGUUGUUAGAGUUUUUUGUCCGAGAUAAAAACACAUCUACUUUAAUACCUGAGAGAUAGAAAAGGUAAUGCCGUACUGUGGAAUAUUCGAGGGAAAGCAACAGCGUCUCCAUGGAAAUGAGCAGGAGACGCAACACCACUAGGUCAAGUUACUAGCCAGGUCUGCGGAGAGGCGACCCAUAUUCAGCUCAAGAAUGAAUGUUGUUAAUGUGUUUUUAUUGUUCACAAAACACAUCUAAUUUAAUAGAUAGAUAAGAUAAUGCCAUACUGUGGGACAUUCAAAGGCAUCUCCAUGGAAACGAGGUGACACAACGCCACUAGGCCAAGUUACGAGCUAGGUCUGGGGAGAGGCGACUCGCAUUUGGCGCAAAUGUGUUUUGUUAUCAGCAAAAACACUUCAACUUUAACAGAUAGAUAAGGUAAUGCCAUACUGUGGAAUAUUCAAAGGCAUCUCCAUGGAAACAAGGAGCUGACAUGAAAUGACAUCACCAGGCCAAGAUACGAGCUAAAUCUGUGGAGAGGCGACCCCUAUUCAGCGCAAAUGUCUUUUGUUAGCACUAAAAAACACUUCUACUUUAACAGAUAGAUAAUUUAAUGCCAUAGUGUGGAAUAUUUAGAGGCAUCUCCAUGGAAACAAGCUGCUGACAUGGCAUCACUAGGCCAAGUUACUCGGCUGAUCUGUGGAGUGGCGGCUCAGACUGCAUAUUGUUAGGGUAUUUUGAUUUUGAAAAGACAGAAGAGGUAAUGCCGUACUGUGGGAUAUUCCAGUUAAAGCAACAGCGUCUCCAUGGAAACAAGGAGGUGACGGACCCUGUGCCAGAAAAGUUACACAGCGCCGCUUUAGCUAUAAAUCUGCAUCGCUCAAAACACAAAAAUUAACUUACGUUUCUUGUUUCAAAUUUGACUUUUAAAAUUUUUGAAAUCCUAAAUCCACUUUCACUUUCAGUUUCACUUUCGCGCCGCAUGUAGCUUUUUUCUCACGUUUUUUAGCCAAAUCGUGCACAAGUUUCCUUCUGAGAACCUGAAAAUUUCACGACUUUUCGAACAGGAGUGCAAUGUACUACUGAGUGUAGCGUGUAUUUAUGUAACGGGCGUGUUAAUUUAAGUCUUUUGUACAGCGGAGUCGGAGGCGUCGGCGUUGCACUGACGAAAACCAACCUGUAAAUACCAAAUGUGUUUUUGUAAAUAUGAAGUCGAAGCAGUGCCCCCAGCUGUAAAUGAGUGAAUCUGUGCAAAUGUCACCAACAAGAUUAAACCACACAUAAAAAA